AUAUUCUAAUUUAAUACCACUACCUAGCACGCCCCCAAACUUUUUACUUCUCAGAGAUAUUCUUCUUAUCCACCACCGCUACCAUUAUACGUAUUCAAAAACUCAAAUGGCAACGUCCGCUCUCCUCCAUAUCUAUUUCUCAAAACAUCAAAUCCUCCCCUUUCAUCUUCUUUCUCCUUCUGCACAUCCAUGGAAAUCCAAUUAUCAUCUUCACCACCGACCUCACUUAAGACAUAUAAAUUAACAGCCUCAUCAGUCUGCUAUGUGAAAUCUACUACCAUAACUAAAAGCAUUGUGCCAUUCUUUCUCUUCAAACCCUGCACUGCAACCCCACCAACUUAUAUUCUUCAGGAUGUGUCUUUCGCAGCCUGUCCAUCUCAAAUCCUUGCCAUUGUUGGCCCCAGUGGAGCUGGAAAAUCCUCUCUCCUAGACAUUUUAGCCGCACGCACUUCCCCAACAACUGGCACUCUCCUCCUCAAUUCCUGCCCUAUCAACCCUUCCUCGUUUCGCAAGCUCUCAGCUUAUGUCCCGCAGCACGAUGCAUGCCUUCCCUUGCUCACUGUAUCUGAAACUUUCACCUUUGCUGCUCGACUUCUCCACCCAAAAUCAUCCGAAAUUGCUAAUAUUGUGGACUCUCUUCUCAAUGAGCUCAACUUAACACACUUGGCCAACGCCCGCUUAGCACUUGGCCUAUCAGGCGGUGAACGUAGACGUGUUUCAAUAGGGCUGAGCCUCCUCCAUGACCCUGCGGUCUUACUUCUCGAUGAACCCACUUCUGGCCUUGAUAGUAAAUCAGCUCUUAAUGUGAUGCAAACCCUCAAGUCCAUUGCUACUUCACGUCACCGCACUGUGAUUUUGUCCAUUCACCAGCCAAGCUUCAAGAUCCUUUCUACUAUUGAUAAAAUACUUCUGUUAUCCAAAGGAACUGUCAUUCACCAUGGAACGCUUUCCUCCCUUCAAAGUUUCUUGCUCUCUAAUGGCUUUACUGUCCCUCCGCAGCUCAAUGCCCUUGAAUAUGCCAUGGAAAUUUUAAAUCAGCUCCGGGAGAGUAAACCAUGUACACCAUCAUCGCUCCUUUCAUCCCCAGGUGACAAUGCCACAAGUCCUGAUUCUGAUAACAAAGCAAGAGACAUCAGAUAUAGGAGCUCAAGACUCCAUGAAAUCCCUGUUCUUUAUGAUAGGUUUUGGAAGAUUAUUUACAGAACAAGACAGCUUUUAUUGACAAAUACAUUAGAAGCUCUUAUUGUGGGUCUUGUUUUAGGAACCAUCUACAUCAACAUUGGAUUCGACAAGCAAGGAAUUGAAAAGAGGUUUGGACUCUUUGCCUUCACUCUCACCUUUCUUCUCUCUUCCACAACUGAAACACUCCCAAUCUUCAUCAAUGAAAGGCCAAUUAUACUAAGAGAAACUUCAAGCGGGGUUUAUAGACUCUCAUCUUAUCUAGUAGCAAACACUCUUGUCUUCUUGCCAUACUUGCUUGCAAUCGCUAUCAUCUAUUCUGUCUCGGUUUAUUUCUUAGUGGGUCUUUGCGCUUCCUGGAAAGCUUUUGCUUACUUUGUUUUGGUCAUAUGGGUCAUCGUAUUGAUGGCAAAUUCAUUUGUUCUGUUCUUGAGCUCUCUUGCUCCAAAUUAUAUAGCUGGAACUUCUCUGGUGACGAUACUUCUUGGUGCUUUCUUUCUCUUCUCGGGCUAUUUCAUUUCACAGGAUAGCAUGCCCAAGUACUGGCUCUUCAUGCACUUUUUAUCCAUGUAUAAGUAUGCUCUUGAUGCCCUUCUCAUCAAUGAGUAUUCUUGCCUUGUAAAUAAGUGUUUCCUGUGGUAUGAAGAGACCAAUACGUGUAUGGCGACAGGAGGCGAUGUGUUGCAGAAGAGAGGGCUCCAUGAGAGACAUAGAUGGAGGAACAUCUACAUUUUGAUUGGAUUCUUCGUCUUCUAUCGUGUGCUUUGUUUGCUAGUCUUGAUCAGAAGGGUUUCAAGAUCCAAAAUAUAAAACCCAAUUUAAGUGUUUACUAAAUGCAAUAUUAUUUCGUCCAUAUGCUUUUUUAACAUUUUUUUUUAUUCGAUCUGUUUGUUGCAAUCGAAUCUCCUGUAAUGGUUUCUCGGGCUUCAUGAGUUUAUUGAAAAAAUCGAAGUAAUAGCAAAUUAAGCAAGCUCAGUUCAAGGAUUA